AUGAUUACAGGGAAUCAACAACAGGGCAUAAAGCGCAAGCGCGAGAAUAUCAAUCCGGACCUCCUUAAUGGUGAUACCGCCUCACUGCCAUCGCCACAGAAUGACAUCCAAAAAAACAAACUCAGCACGUUGAAGAGGGAGCUUGCAGUAAAGAACGAAGAGCUACGGACGGCGCUGAGGAGGAUCGCGGAGCAAAAAGACUACAUCUUUACCCUCUCCAACCGUUUGCUAGCCGCGGAAAACGUGUGCCAAGAGAUCGAGCAUAGCAUCAGUAAAGCCGCUGAGUAUCAGCAAAACGCCAACAUACAGGAAAAUCUCCGAUAUGAGUGCUCGGUUCUAGCGCUACAGGAGUUGUUUGUUCUUCGAACAAACAACUCCCGCAUUGCGUACCAGGAACUAUUACGGCCCAUGGGUGGUAAAUGUCCAGUUUCUUCUCGCACUCGAGAAAUUGCAAGGUAA